CAAAAAGAUUUCAAAACAUUGACAAAUCUUGGGUGAAGAUAAUGCAGCGUGCACAUGAAUGCACUAAUGUUGUUCAUUGUUGUGUUGGGGAUGAAACCCUUGGACAGCUUUUGCCACAUCUGCUUGAACAACUGGAACUAUGCCAAAAGUCACUGACAGGCUAUCUUGAAAAGAAACGACUUGUUUUUCCAAGAUUUUUCUUUGUAUCGGAUCCAGCUUUAUUGGAAAUCCUAGGUCAAGCUAGUGAUUCUCACACAAUUCAGUCUCAUCUUCUGGGUGUUUUUGAAAAUGUCAAUGAAGUUGAAUUUCAUGAGAAGGAUUAUGACAGAAUCCUGUCCGUGAUUUCAAGAGAAGGUGAAAAAAUUAUGCUUGAAUCAGCAGUCAUUGCAAAAGGAAAUGUGGAGAUAUGGCUUGGAGAUUUGCUGAAAGAACAAAUGAAAUCUCUUCAUGGUGUGAUACGUGAUGCCUGGAGAAACAUUAUUACACCUGAAUUUGAAUUGAUGGGCUUCAUGGCAAAUUUUCCUGCACAGGUUGGACUGCUAGGGAUUCAGAUGAUUUGGACAAAGGAUGCUGAAUUUGCUUUGCAGCAUGCUAGAGGUGACAAAAAGAUUAUGCCAACCACAAAUCAAAGGUUCCUUGAUAUGUUAAAUCGCUUGAUUGAACAAACUACACAUGAUUUGACCAAAGUGGAGAGAGUUAAAUAUGAAACUCUUGUUACCAUCCAUGUGCAUCAGAGGGACAUAUUCGAUGACCUGACAAGAAUGCACAUAAAAUCCCCAACAGAUUUUGAAUGGUUGAAACAGGCUCGAUUCUAUUUCAAAGAAGAUACAGAUCAGUGCAUUGUGCAAAUAACAGAUGUGGAUUUCAUCUAUCAGAACGAGUUUUUAGGAUGCACUGAUAGACUUGUCAUCACACCACUUACUGAUAGAUGUUACAUUACACUUGCUCAAGCCUUGGGAAUGUCCAUGGGUGGGGCACCUGCUGGUCCAGCAGGAACUGGAAAAACAGAAACCACCAAAGACAUGGGAAAAGCUCUUGGAAAAUAUGUGGUGGUAUUCAACUGUUCAGAUCAGAUGGAUUUCAGAGGACUGGGAAGAAUAUAUAAAGGUUUAGCACAGUCUGGAUCCUGGGGAUGCUUUGACGAGUUUAACAGAAUUGAAUUGCCUGUAUUAUCUGUAGCUGCUCAACAGAUCUACAUUGUUCUCAAUGCCAAGAAAGACAGGAAAAAGGAGUUCAUAUUCACUGAUGGUGAUGUAGUGGAACUCAAUCAAGAAUUUGGAAUUUUCCUUACAAUGAAUCCAGGAUAUGCAGGACGUCAAGAAUUGCCAGAAAACUUGAAAGUUCAGUUCCGCACAGUAGCUAUGAUGGUUCCAGACCGUCAGAUUAUCAUGAGGGUUAAACUGGCUAGUUGUGGAUUUUUGGAAAAUGUUCUUUUGGCACAGAAAUUCUAUACUCUCUACAAAUUAUGUGAAGAACAGUUAUCAAAGCAAGUUCACUAUGACUUUGGAUUGAGGAAUAUUUUGUCUGUACUGAGGACUUUAGGAGCCAACAAGAGAGCUAGACCAAAUGACACAGAAAAUACAAUUGUGAUGAGAGUUUUAAGAGACAUGAAUUUAUCCAAAUUGGUAGAUGAGGAUGAGCCAUUGUUCAUGAGCUUGAUAGCAGAUCUGUUUCCAGGAAUAGUGCUAGACAGUGCAACAUAUGCAGAGUUGCAAGUGGCUAUUGCUAAACAAGUAGAUGAUGCUGUGCUCAUAAAUCAUCCAUCAUGGAAUCUCAAACUUGUACAACUCUAUGAAACACAAAGAGUAAGGCAUGGAAUGAUGACACUGGGACCAAGUGGAGCAGGCAAGACUUGCUGCAUCCACGUCUUGAUGAAAGCAAUGACUGAUUGCGGGGCUCCUCAUAGGGAAAUGAGGAUGAAUCCAAAAGCUAUAACAGCACCACAGAUGUUUGGUAGACUGGAUGUAGCAACAAAUGAUUGGACAGAUGGCAUCUUUUCUACCUUGUGGAGGAGAACACUGAAAGCAAAGAAAGGAGAAAACAUAUGGAUUGUUCUUGAUGGCCCUGUUGAUGCAAUUUGGAUUGAGAAUUUGAAUUCUGUUCUUGAUGACAAUAAGACUCUCACACUGGCCAACGGUGACCGCAUCCCAAUGUCCCCAGCCUGUAAGGUAGUAUUUGAGGUCCACAACAUUGACAAUGCUUCACCAGCUACUGUAUCUAGAAAUGGUAUGGUGUACAUGAGUUCAUCAGCACUGGAUUGGAGACCAAUAUUACAGGGUUGGCUGUUAAAGAGAAAUUCCCAGGAAAGUGAGCUUUUGCUGACUCUUUUUGACAAAAUAUUUGAUGAUUUGUACACCUAUGUCAAUACGAACUUGUUACCCAAAAUGGAGACACUGCAAUGCAACCAAAUUAUGCAGGCUUGCAAUGUACUUGAGGGUUUGAUCCCCAAGAAAGAUGACAAAGGAACACUUCCUGCAUUCCAUCUAGAAAAACUUUUCAUAUUCUCUCUGAUGUGGAGUUUGGGUGCAUUGCUGGAGUUGGAUGAUCGUGCCAAAAUGGAAGAAUUUAUGGCUAAACAUGAGAGUGCAUUGGAAUUACCUUCUGUGAAAGAGGGAGAGACCAUCUUUGAAUAUGUUGUUGAUGAUCAUGGUGAAUGGGAACACUGGUCUAAGAGAGUAGAAGAAUACAUUUACCCUUCAGAUGUAGUUCCUGAAUUUUCAUCCAUUUUAGUACCAAAUGUGGACAAUGUGCGAACAAGCUUCUUGAUAGAUGUCAUUGCAAAACAGAACAAAGCAGUACUUUUAAUCGGAGAACAAGGAACAGCAAAGACUGUGAUGAUCAAAGGUUACAUGGCACAGUAUGACCCUGACAGUCAUCUGAGCAAAAGUUUCAACUUCUCCUCUGCUUCCACUCCAUCCAUGUUUCAGAGGACCAUAGAGAGCUAUGUUGACAAGAGAAUGGGAAGUACUUAUGGACCACCAGGAGGAAGGAGAAUGACUGUUUUCAUUGACGACAUCAACAUGCCGGUCAUCAAUGAGUGGGGCGACCAGAUUACAAAUGAAAUCACUCGUCAAAUGAUGGAGAUGCAUGGCAUGUACAGCUUGGACAAGCCUGGUGAUUACAUAUCUAUAGUGGACAUGCAAUUCAUUGCUGCUAUGAUACACCCAGGAGGAGGAAGAAAUGAUAUCCCUCAGAGAUUGAAAAGACAGUUCUCCAUAUUCAACUGCACUCUGCCAUCGAAUAACUCCAUUGACAAAAUCUUUGGCAUCAUUGGGUGUGGAUAUUUUUGUUCUAGUCGCUUUAAUCCAGAAGUUUGUGAUAUUGUGAAAAAGAUUGUUCCAGCCACCAGAAUUCUCUGGCAAAUGACAAAGGUAAAAAUGUUGCCUACACCAGCCAAGUUUCAUUACAUUUUCAACUUGCGAGAUCUGUCUAGAAUUUGGGAGGGAAUGCUGAAAAUCAAAGGAGAGGAAUGUGAGGACCAAUUGAUGGUGUUAGGACUCUUCAAACAUGAAUGUACAAGAGUCAUCUCAGACAGAUUUACAAAUCCUGAUGACAAAGCCUGGUUUGAGAAGAGUUUGAAUGUUGUCAUUAAUGAUCACAUUGAUGCAUCACUUGUUGACACGUGUCAUCCAGAACCAUACUUUGUGGAUUUUCUUCGUGAUGCUCCAGAACCCACAGGAGAAGAAAGUGAUGAUGCUGCACUAGAAGCUCCCAAAAUAUAUGAACGGAUCUCCUCUUAUGAGACAUUGAAUGACAAACUGCUGACUUACAUGGAACAGUACAACGAGUUAGUCAGGGGGGCUCAUAUGGAUCUUGUCUUCUUCAAGGAUGCCAUGGUGCAUCUUAUCAAGAUAUCCAGAAUUAUUGGUACCCCACGAGGAAAUGCUCUGCUGGUGGGAGUUGGAGGAUCAGGAAAACAAUCACUAACUCGUCUAGCCUCCUUCAUCGCAGGCUACAGAAUAUUCCAGAUUACACUCUCAAGGACAUACAAUGUUGGCAAUUUGAUGGAUGAUUUGAAGUUUAUGUAUCGUGUUGCUGGAUGUGAAGGGAAAGGAAUCACAUUUAUUUUUACCGACAAUGAAAUCAAAGAUGAAGCAUUCCUUGAAUACUUGAACAAUGUUCUGAGUUCAGGAGAGGUUUCUAAUUUGUUUGCCAAAGAUGAACUGGAUGAAAUUACACAGGAAUUGAUUGCAGUAAUGAAGAAAGAAAUGCCAAGAUGUCCUCCCACAUUUGAAAACUUGUAUGAUUAUUUCAUCUCCAGGGCAAGAAAAAAUCUGCAUACAGUCUUGUGCUUCUCUCCGGUUGGAGAAAAGUUCCGAACAAGGGCAUUAAAAUUCCCUGGACUUAUAUCUGGUUGCACCAUGGAUUGGUUCAGUCGAUGGCCAAAAGAUGCUUUGAUUGCUGUAUCUGGACAUUUUCUUAACAAUUACCAUAUUGUCUGCAGCAACGAAAUUAAGGAACAGGUUGUCAACACAAUGGGAGUGGUCCAUGAUAAUGUAGCUUCUGUUUGUGUUGAAUAUUUUCAAAGAUUUCGUCGACAAACUCAUGUGACACCAAAAUCUUAUUUAUCAUUUUUGGAUGGAUACAAAAACCUUUAUGGGAAAAAGCAUGCAGAAAUAAAUGAAAUGGCAAGCAGGAUGAAUACUGGUUUAGAAAAACUCAUUGAAGCAAGUGCAUCUGUGGACCAGCUAUCAAAAGAAUUAGCUGUAAAGGAAAAGGAAUUGGCUGUAGCAAAUGUAAAAGCUGAUAAAGUUUUGGCAGAAGUAACCGUCAGUGCUACUGCAGCAGAAAAAGUAAAAAGUGAAGUGCAGAAAGUGAAGGACAGAGCCCAGAAGAUUGUUGAUGAAAUUGAGGAGGAUAAAAAAAUAGCUGAACAAAAACUUGAAGCUGCCAAACCUGCUCUCCAGGAAGCUGAAGAUGCUUUAAAGACAAUAAAACCAGCUGAUAUUGCAACAGUCAAGAAGCUUGGGAAGCCCCCACAUUUGAUCAUGAGGAUUAUGGACUGUGCCUUGAUUCUGUUCCAAAAAAAGCUAGAUCCAGUUACACAGGACCCUGAUCGACCAUGUCCAAAACCAUCAUGGGGAGAGUCUCUUAAGCUGAUGAGUGGUUCCGGGUUUUUGAACUCAUUACAGACCUUCCCUAAGGAUUCAAUAAAUGAGGAAACAGUUGAGCUUCUGCAGCCUUACCUGACAAUGGAAGACUAUAACUUUGAGUCUGCCAAAAAAGUCUGUGGGAGUGUGGCUGGAUUGCUGUCCUGGUCUACAGCUAUGGCAUUUUUCUAUGGCAUCAAUAAAGAGGUUUUACCUCUAAAGGCAAAUUUAGCAAAACAAGCAGCAAGAUAUCAAGUAGCAUCUAAAGAACUUGAUGGGGCCCAGGCACAACUGGAUGAAAAACAAGCAGAACUUGACAAAGUGCAAGCUUUGUAUGAUGCAGCAAUGGCAGAGAAACAGACUUUGUUAGAUGAUGCCGAGUCCUGCAGAAGAAGAAUGAUGGCUGCUUCUGCUUUAAUUGGAGGUCUAGGAGGGGAAAAAGUACGAUGGACACAGCAGAGCAAGCAGUUUAAGUCCCAAAUUGAUAGACUUGUUGGAGACAUUUUGCUAUGUACAGGCUUCUUAUCCUACUCGGGACCCUUCAACCAGGAAUUCAGGAACAAACUGAUUGACAACUGGCAAAAAGAAUUGUACCAAAGAAGAAUACCAUUCACUAAUGACCUGAAUUUGAUAUCUAUGCUGGUGGAUAAUGCUACGAUUGGUGAAUGGAAUAUACAAGGACUACCAAAUGAUGAACUUUCUAUUCAAAAUGGUAUAAUUACAACAAAAGCUACCAGGUUCCCAUUACUUGUUGAUCCUCAAGGUCAAGGCAAAUCCUGGAUAAAAAAUCGAGAAAAAGAUCAUGAUCUACAGGUGACUUCCCUGAAUCACAAAUAUUUCCGAAGUCAUUUGGAGGAUUCUCUGUCACUCGGCCGUCCACUUCUGAUUGAGGAUAUAGAGGAAGAACUAGAUCCAGCUCUGGACAAUGUUUUGGAAAAGAAUUUUAUUAAAUCUGGCUCAACAUACAAGGUCAAAGUUGGUGACAAGGAGUGUGACAUAAUGAAAGGAUUUUAUUUGUACAUGACGACAAAGUUAGCAAAUCCAGCCUAUACUCCAGAAGUGAGUGCUAGGACAUCAAUUAUAGACUUUACUGUCACAAUGAAAGGAUUGGAGGAUCAACUUUUGGGGCUUGUUAUUUUAAAAGAAAAGAAUGAACUGGAAGCUGACAGAGCAAAACUGAUGCUAGAUGUGAAUUCAAACAAGAGGAAAAUGCAAGAAUUGGAGGAUAACUUGUUAUACAAAUUGACAAGUACAAAGGGAUCCCUAGUAGAUGAUGAAUCCCUCAUUGAAGUGUUGUCAGUAACAAAAGUUACCGCUGCAGAAGUCAGUGAGAAGUUAACUGUGGCAGCUGAAACAGAAAUCAAGAUUAAUGAAGCUCGAGAAGAAUUUAGACCAGUUGCAACAAGAGGCAGUAUACUCUACUUUCUGAUUUGUGAUAUGAGUGUGGUGAACAGAAUGUAUCAGACUUCAUUAAAGCAGUUCUUGGGACUGUUUGAUAUAUCAAUGUCAAGAUCAGACAAGAGUCCAGUAACAGCAAAAAGAAUUGGAAACAUCAUAGAGUAUCUAACAUUUGAGGUUUUUAGAUACACAUGUAGAGGUCUUUAUGAAUCACACAAAUUUUUGUUCACCUUGCUUAUGACUCUGAAGAUCGACAUGUAAACUGGAAAGGUGAAACCAGAAGAAUUCCAAACAUUUAUCAAAGGUGGUGCUGCACUUGACUUGAAUGCUGUUAUGCCAAAACCUUCAAAGUGGAUUUCUGAUAUGACCUGGUUAAACUUGGUGCAACUUAGUGGACUACCACAGUUUUCUGAAAUUCUCAAUCAGGUGUCCAGAAAUGAGAAGGCCUGGAAGAGUUGGUUUGAUACUGAUGCCCCGGAGGAGGAGCACAUUCCUGAUGGUUAUCAUACAUCAUUAGAUGCAUAUAGGAGACUUCUGUUAAUCAGAUCUUGGUGUCCAGACCGAGCUAUUCCACAGGCCAGGAAGUACAUAGCAGACUCCAUGGGUCCAAGAUAUGCGGAAUCAGUCAUCCUUAACUUGACACAGACCUGGGAGGAGAGUGACAUCAGAACACCCCUUAUAUGUCUUCUGUCAAUGGGAUCUGACCCCACCAAUCAAAUCGAGUCACUGUCAAAGAAAGUUCAUCUAGAUUUUAGGGCUAUUUCUAUGGGUCAGGGUCAGGAGGUUCAUGCUAGAAAAUUAAUUGCUCAGUUCAUGCAUACCGGUGGAUGGGCAUUAUUACAGAACUGUCAUUUAGGUCUGGAUUACAUGAAUGAACUGUUAGAUACAGUAACCGAUACACCACAAGUCAAUGAUGCGUUCCGGGUGUGGAUAACAACUGAAGAACAUGCUGGAUUUCCAAUCAGUCUUCUACAGACAUCCAUUAAAUUCACAAAUGAACCACCCCAAGGAAUCAAGGCAGGAUUGAAGAGAACUUACGCUGGAAUUACUCAAGACUUUCUUGAUGUUAGCAACAUGGUUCAGUGGAGACCUAUGCUCUUUGCAGUGUCCUUUCUCCACACAGUUGUUCAGGAAAGAAGAAAGUUUGGCCCUCUUGGUUGGAAUAUUCCGUAUGAGUUUAACUCGUCAGACUGGACAGCCAGUGUACAGUUUGUCCAGAAUCAUCUGGAUGAUCUGGAUGUCAAAAGGGGAAUAUCUUGGACAACAGUUCGCUACAUGCUUGGUGAAGUGCAGUAUGGAGGGAGAGUUACAGAUGAUUAUGACAAGAGACUUCUUAAUACAUUCGCAAGAGUAUGGUUUGGAGAUUUCAUGUUCCAGCCAAACUUCCAAUUUUAUACUGGAUACAAAAUACCAAACAUGAAACUUCUUAGUGAUAUCAUGAACUUCAUAGCAAAUUUGCCACUAGUGGAUUCUCCAGAGGCUUUUGGGUUGCAUCCAAAUGCUGAUAUCACAUAUCAAACAAACUUGUCCAAAGAUGUUCUGGAUACAAUCAUGAGCAUUCAGCCUAAAGACAGUGGAGGGGGAGGAGGGGAGACCAGAGAGAGUGUUGUCUAUAAACUCUCUACCGACAUGUUGUCCAAACUUCCUGUGGAUUACCUGCCUCACGAGGUUAAAGAUAGACUGAAAAAGUAUGGAAACCUGCAUCCUCUUAAUAUAUUCUUAAAGCAAGAAAUAGAUAGGAUGCAACGUGUGAUUUCCACAGUCCGUGUCACCCUAACAGAUUUAAAAUUAGCCAUUGAUGGUACAAUCAUUAUGUCUGAGAAUCUUCGAGAUGCCCUUGACAACAUGUUUGAUGCAAAAGUCCCCAGUUUAUGGAGAAAAAUAUCUUGGCAGUCAUCAACAUUAGGAUUUUGGUUCACAGAACUUUUGGAAAGAAAUGACCAGUUUUCUACUUGGGUUUUUGUUGGAAGACCAGAUUCUUUCUGGAUGACAGGAUUUUUCAACCCACAAGGAUUUUUGACUGCAAUGAGACAAGAGGUUACAAGAGCACACAAAGGUUGGGCUCUUGAUUCUGUGACUUUACACAAUGAGGUUAUCAAGGCAGUGAAGGAAGACAUAACUGCUCCACCUGUGGAGGGUGUGUAUGUGUAUGGACUUUACCUAGAUGGUGCUGGUUGGGACAAGAGAAACUGUCGCCUCUGUGAGCCCCCACCCAAAGUUCUCUUUACACCAAUGCCUGUAGUUCACAUGUAUGCUAUCAAUUCCACAGCCCCCAAAGACCCUAGGUUAUACCAGUGUCCUGUCUACAAAAAGCCAAACCGCACAGAUCUCACCUACAUUACUUUCAUUGUAUUAAAGACAAAUCAAAGUCCCGAUCACUGGAUUCUAAGGGGUGUAGCUGCUCUGUGUGACAUCAAGUAAAUUUAGGAUGAAUUCAGGAACGGUUACCUCAUACAUGUAGAUGUUUUUAUUGAUAACAAGUUUAUUUUUGUUUAGACUCUCUAUAAAUUUAUAGGUAAUACACUGUUUGACAUUUAAUAUUUAAUAACUUAUAAUAUUUAUCUGUUGAAUUGGUUUAUUAUAAUAUUACUUAUUUUUCAUAUAACAAUUUAAAAAUAUAAUGAAAAUAAAUUGCUGAAGUGUUAA